GCUGUCUUUCUUGCGGGCUUUGCUGCUCUCACAGUCGCUUCUCCAGCUUCUCAAGUAAUUGACUUCGCUUCUGUCAACGCCGCACCUUCUCCGUCUCUGACUGGCCCUCCUCCGUUUGCUACAAUCAACGAAGUCUCUAUCAAUAUCGCUUCAGUCGCCGCAGAAGGCUCUGCGGCGGUAACUGGAGUUGCGUCAGCUUCUGCCACUGCGUCUCAAGCAGUUAAUGCAAAGCGCGUAUGGGGCUGGGAUGUCACAAGUGUCAGCUCUACAACCAGCUCGACAACUUCUUGCCCUACGACUCCUGAGCCAGGGACUUAUUGCGGAUUCAUCAACCCUGAAGAUGCUUGUGCUAUUCAACCAGAUGGGUACGGACCCCAUGUCGAGCCCGACACACCCGAUGCAUUCUUAGCUUACCCCGAGUUCCACGAAGAAGCUCGCGCUGCCAAAGCUCCAGCUGGCUAUGUUGAGACCUUCGUUGACUUGAACGCUUCAGUCUCAGCAAACACAUAUCUUGGUCUUCAGACUCUCCAAUCAUACGAUGUUAGCCUCUGUGCCCAAUACUGCGACAGCAAAGACCUUUGCACAGGUUUCAAUAUCUUCUUCGAACGAGACCCUUCUCUCAACCCAUCGGCAAACUGCACUCAGCCAGCUUCAAUCACAAACUACAAGUGCACACUCUGGGGAUCCGGAGUCUACACCGCAUCAGCAACCAACUAUGGUGACUACCGCGGAGAAUUCCACGUCGUGAUCACCGGCUCAGAUGGAUUUGAAAAGACCAACACCACCACUCCACCAUCUCAACCAGGAUGGCAACCACCUCAACAGUGCGGGAGUGAUGGUGGUAGUGUCCACAACCACCCAAACAAUUGCAUGGGAACAUCUUUCUUCCCUGGCCCUUACAACCCCGCUGUUUGCGCAAACUACGCUCAAGCCCAGAAUAGCCAGAACAAGCAAUCGCCUUGGUGGUCUCAAUGGGUGAACGCUUGGACUGGCUAUAAUUCCCAUCAGUGUGACUUCUUCAACAGCUACAUGUUGAAGAAGAAUGGACAUCCGCUUGGAACAUAUUGCGCUUUAUUUAGUCAGAGUUAUUCUGGUGGGGAGGCGAUAUAUACUCCUGGAUGGCAGGGAAGUGAUUACUGGAGCAUUGAAAGCUCUUGGGGCUGGGAGAUU